UGAUCUAAAAUUUGUCGGCUCAAAAUUCAGAAAUAUUAUUUAUUUAAUUGUUUAAAAAAUAAGAAAAAAACUUAUUACAUAGAUUCAAGUUUCAGGGCACACAGCUCAAGCUCAAGCUCACAAACCCUUUUGUUGCUUUCUGCUUAAUGGAGGGACCUUAAAAUCCUCUUUCUCUCUCUUCAUCCAUUCAUACCUUUCUCCCCCCCUCUUCUUCAUCACAAUUCUCACCUUCUUCCUCUCAAGCCUACUCUCGUUGCUCAUCUUCAUCUUCUCCACCGACUGAUUUUCAGCAGGUUUGACUAACAAAUCAAGAACUUUGGGCACCCGAUGUCUCCACAACUCUUAGGUGUUCAAGAACACAUACAAGGGAACACCUCCUUCCCCACUUCCACAUGCUCCAUGGAAUCAAAUUACCAGAAAAUCCCUGGAUUAACUGAAAGAAAUUACCUCGGAUUCUCUGAUUGUUCCUCUGUCGACAGCUCAAACGUCUCCACCAUAUCAGAAGUCAACAAAAACAGUCUCAACCUUAAAGCAACCGAAUUAAGACUAGGCCUUCCAGGAUCCCAAUCACCAGAAAGAGAUCAAGAAAACAGCUUAACAAGCUCUGAAAAACUCGAUGAAAAACCCUUGUUUCCAUUACUCCCUUCUUCUUCUUCUUCACAAAAGAUUAUCUCAUCUGGACACAAAAGGGUAUUCACUGAUACCAUGGAUAGUUCUUCUGAAACAAAAGGAGUCAUAUCAUCAAAUUCUGAGCUUCCAUCAAUUAAAUGUUCAACUCCUAUUAGCAAAGUAAACAACAACUCCAAUCCUCCUUCUUCCAAAGCUCAAGUGGUGGGGUGGCCUCCAGUUAGAUCAUUUCGCAAGAACAUGUUAGCUGUAAAUUCAAAGAACAAUGAUGAAGUAGAUGGAAAGCCUGGACUUAGUGCUUUAUUUGUAAAAGUUAGUAUGGAUGGAGCUCCUUAUUUAAGGAAAGUUGAUCUCAGAGGCUACUCUACUUAUCAAGAACUUUCUUCAGCUCUUGAGAAGAUGUUUAGUUGUUUCACCAUUGGUCAAUGUGGAUCACAAGGAGGUCCAUUAAGGGGGAGUCUAAGUGAGAGCAAGUUGAGGGAUCUUUUACAUGGAUCAGAGUAUGUUGUUACAUAUGAAGAUAAAGAUGGUGAUUGGAUGCUUGUGGGAGAUGUUCCAUGGGAUAUGUUUAUUGGUUCAUGCAAGAGGUUGAAGAUCAUGAAAGGCUCGGAUGCUAUUGGUUUAGCUCCUAGGGCAAGUGUAAAAUCGAACAAUAGAAACUAGCAAAAUAACUGCAAAUGGUUGGAAGACUGAAGAUUAGGUUUUGGUUCGGGUGGGUAGAGGAAACGGGUCGGGUCGGAUCGGGUCGGACUGCAGUUAUGUGUUAGGUUCUCUUAUUUUCCGGUUGCAGUUCCCACAUGACUCUUCCAUGGAGAUAAGUCUCUUUACUUCCUUAUUACCAUUAAAAUGCCAUGCUUUGCUUAGCUUUUAAUAUAUUUUGAUUGUAGGAAUGUUUGGUGUUUCAUGUAGUAGUUGUAUUUUGUGUGUGAUUUCAAAACAUUAAAUGUUCAUUGUUGUUCCUCAAACUACAUGUAUGUAGUUGUACUUGAUUGUGUCUAAUGAUAUUGUUAUGUGGAUUGUGCUA